AUGAAGAGUAGUGUUUUUAUCCCUCAUAAAGAUAGAUAUGUUAUUGGUCAAAGAACUGUCAAUGAAGUUGUUGCUGCUGAAGGGGAAAGACUUGGGAAGAGACAAAGGAACAAUUCUCCAGAAAUUCUUGUUUUUGAACUGGAUGAUGAUUCAAACUCUGGAUCUCUUGUGAACACACAGACAACUAAAAUAGUCACAACAGGGGAUAAACCAUGUAGCAGCACAAAGGAAGCUAAGUUGGUAAAGGAAGGUGGUCUUAUUCUGAUGUGGAAAGAUGGUAUAGAUGUUGAAGUUAUUGGUCAUGAGAAUAACAUCAUUCAUGUAGUCAUUCAAUUAGACCCAAAUGAACCUAAAGUUCUUAUCUCCUUCAUGUAUGGAUCUACUUACAUUGAACCUAAGAAAACACAAUGGAAUUUCCUAUUUGACUUUAGAAAGGAUGUUCAACAACCUUGGUUAGUAUUAGGUGAUCUCAAUUUCCACUUGGAUAACAAUAAUAAUACCUCUGAUAAAUGGGUGCAGAAUAAAGUUAAUGAUGCAGGUUUAAUUGAUAUUGGCUAUGAAGGCAAAGACUAUACUUGGACCAGUAAUUCUUAUGCUUCAGAUCAUUGUCAUGUUCUGCUUAUCACUGAUCCUAUUCCUAAACAUUUAUGGAGGCCUUUUAAGUUCUUUAGGACUUGGAUAGGACAUAAUAGUUUUAAGGAUAACCUUGAACAAUCCUGGGCUUUAGAUGUCCAAGAGACAGAGAUGAUAUUAGAAAUCUUCUUACUCAUCAUUUUAAAUUCGUUGCUAAAUGUUGUUAAGAAUAUUCAUGCAUGGAGUUCACUUGGACCUGAUGGAUUUCAAGCAGGUUUUUAUCAAACUCAGUGGUCUCUUGCAGCUAAGAGAAUUAGGCCUUGGCUUAAGAAGUUAAUCUCUCCUUACCAUGCAGCUUUUGUUCCAGGGAGACCAAUUCAUGACAAUAUUAUUAUUGCUCAUGAAUUGAUCCAUACUAUGAAACAUAAAGAAGGUUCCAAUGGAACUAUGACCAUUAAACUUGAUCUUUCUAAAGCCUUUGAUAGGCUUGAAUGGUCUUUUCUCAACAAAAUUUUAGAGAAAUUUGGUUUCUGUAAAGAUUUCUGUAAUCUUGUUAUGCAAUGUGUUUCUACAACAAGUAUUAGUGUGCUUCUAAAUGGCUCUCCAUGUGAUCAAUUUGAACCAACUAGGGGUGUUAUACAAGGGGAUCCUUUAUCCCCUUAUCUUUUUAUUCUUGCAAUGGAAUAUCUUUCUAGAUCUUUGAUUUUUGCUGAGCAUAAUAAAUCUAUCAUUGGAAUUAAAGCUUCUAGGAAAUCUCCUCCUAUUUCUCAUAUGCUUUUUGCUGAUUAUAUUCUUAUCUUUGGUCAGGCUAAUAUGCAGCAUAUUGAUAAAAUUUUGCAGAUUCUUUAG